CCUUAAUUGAUUGUGCAUCAAGAUGGAACUGACUGGCACAAGAAUUGCACUGGUUGGUUGGGUUACGGUUCCAGUUCGAUGCCAUCGAUGCGACACACGAGCACGCCAACAAAGUGACGAACAUCUUCAGGCGCGUCAAGCAGGACAAAACGAAAAACGCGGUUUAUCUAGAUUCCGUCCACACGGGAGUCAAGACGCUGCUAAAGGAUCCGCUCGUCUCAAAGGCAAUGCUUCUGCCAGCAGGCACAAAGAUUUCUGAUGACUGUCUAAACGCCCUGGUGGACGAAGCGAGAGAGCAUGAAAACAAGUUCUACGCGGACUUUACGUACAAUUGCGAGGGCCAGAUUGGUACAUCGUAUCCGUGCCUGGAGAAGGGACGAGAGACGUACUAUGAAAAUCUGAAAGCCCUGGAAGCAUCCACUGCAAAGUGUUGCAACAUGUAAUGGCCGCUGUAACAACUAUGAUGACCAUGAUGAUGAUGAUGAUGACCAUCAUGAUGAUGAUCUGUGGUAACAUGAAAUAAAAUUAAAAUAUCACGAGCAAA